UUGCAAACUGGUUAAUGAUUAAGAAAUGUCCAUCAAAUAUUAUAAAGAAAGUUAUUGAACAAAUUAUAAUUUAUGUAACGACUAUGAAAUAAGUUAAUUAUUUUGACACUCUUCGUAUCCUCACAGCAGCUGUUACUAAAUCCAUGUUGUAUAUAAAUCCCAACCAAGGUUUGUUCAGAAUCAUCCUCUCCAACACAUUUUGAUCAUCUGCUUAGACAAAAAUGGCUUCCACUCACACCCUCUUUGUCCUUUUCUCUUCUGUGACAGUAGCUGCAUUGGUGUUCUCAGCAUCAAUGGUUGAGUCAAGAUCAGUGUCCAACCCCUCUUCAAGCCUUUUGGUUCGGUUGAAGCUUGAGGGUGAACCUUCCAACUGCUGGGACUCACUGUGGCAACUCCAAGCAUGCAGUGGGGAAAUUGUGACAUUUUUUCUGAAUGGUGAGACCUACCUCGGACAUGGUUGCUGCGAAGCAAUAAGGGUGAUCGGACAUGAUUGCUGGCCCAACAUUGUUGCCUCUCUGGGGUUCACCGAUGAAGAGAGUGAUGUGUUGGAGGGUUACUGUGAGGAGGCUGUUCUUCGUUCACCUCCACCACCAAAAUCUGUGCUUCUUCAACAAAGGAAUUAA